AAAGAAAGAAAGAAGAGAAGGAAAGAAGAGAAGGAAAGAAGAGAAGGAAAGAGAAAGAGAAGAAAAAAUCACUAAGUUUAAAGUAGCCACACAGUAGAUUUUGCUCUAACACAAAAGGGAAGGUUAGUAUCCCUAUUAUCACUCAAACAGUUAAUGGAUAAGUGACACCAAGUUCUGGACUUCCAUCACUGAUGACAGUCAUUAUGUAUGCAAGGGACAAGAAUUUCAGCUUGAUUUCUCAUUCACAUUAAUGAAACAAAAAAGGAAAAUAGCACUUAACCGCAUGGGCCUGCCAGAACCAAAUUAGUGGGGAAAGUGGUGAAAAAAAUUACAUUAUCAGUCAGAACCCAUAAAUAAAACUAGUGUCAAUUUUUUUUUUCUCUUGAAAAUAUUUGACAGAAUCCUUGUAAAUGUCCUUGUGGCCCAGGGAGCUUAAUAGGGUUUGUUUGUGGGGAAGGAGGGUGCUGUGAAAGAAGGAAGCUGAUAGUUAAUUGUUUAAAGCAAAACAUUAAUAGUUUAAAAGUAAUUUUCCAUACCGGAAGAUCUCUCUUUUGACUCCACAUUAUGGGAUGUCCAUAGGUACCUGGAAUGGGAACACAAAAGUGGCCAUCAAGACUCUUAAGCCUGGCACGAUGUCUCCAGAAUCCUUCCUUGAGGAAGCCCAAAUCAUGAAGAAACUGAAACAUGACAAACUGGUCCAGCUUUAUGCUGUGGUGUCUGAGGAGCCAAUCUACAUUGUCACAGAGUACAUGAAUAAAGGGAGUUUGCUGGAUUUCCUAAAAGAUGGCGAAGGGAGAGCUCUGAAAUUGCCCAACCUGGUGGACAUGGCCGCCCAGGUGGCCGCGGGCAUGGCUUACAUCGAGCGAAUGAACUACAUCCAUCGAGAUCUGCGAUCUGCCAACAUCCUGGUGGGGAAUGGGCUCAUAUGCAAGAUCGCCGAUUUCGGCUUAGCCAGAUUGAUCGAAGACAACGAAUACACAGCGAGACAAGGUGAGUCCCGACGACGGCGUCUUCUGAAUCGCUUUCUACCCCGUCGCUGUAUCGAGGCUCUUUACUUCUUUUACCUCUUCCUUCCCACUAGGGUUCAUACUAUCCCCAUCACUGAGUUCAGAUUCAGUCUUGGACACUUACUUAGCCUCUCUUCACUUUGAUUUCAUCUCUAAAAUAAAUAUAAUAAGAAUAACUUGUGUUCACUUCAGUUUCACUGCUAAAAUACAGAUAAGA